UCCCUCUUGCUUCAACUCUUCGUUUCGAACAGAAAGGUAUGAGAAAUCUACAUCUAAAUGUCGAAUUUUUUGGCGUAAUGUGUCGUUGAUUUGUAUCUAAUUUCAUUCAAUAUGUACUUUGUGUUAAGAUGAGUCAGUCUCAGUCAGUUCAAGUUUUUGGACGAAAGGUAAGCAAAAAAUGAACGAUUUUUUGGUUGUUCUAUGUUGACCAAACAGACACGUGCAUUGUAAAUUUAAUAGCGGUUCAACGUUUGAUACAGUUUGCUUAUGUUAAACCAGUUGUAUUUGACAUUGAGUUGUAUUCACGUGAAUUUUGGGGGGAUCACUAUUUACCUAGGAUAGCCCAUUUCUGGCUGUGAAUUAUUCUUACUACUGACCGAAAUUUAGUAAGCUUCUUAUAAUCAGUUAUAAUCAACUGGUUUGUUGUUCCCGUAUGAACCUUAAAUAUGGUACGUCGACUGUUCCUCAUGAUCAUAUUGACAAUUAAUAGAGUGUGAGUUAGAAAGUGUACCUGUAUAAACAAAACUGCAUGGGAUUGUGUGGAAUUUUUUUUUUUGCAGUUUAAUUACAGCACCGAGCAUGAUCAUGGGUGGACUACUGUCCUGAGAACAAAAUAAUAGUAACAGUUGCAUGAUUAUAAACGCUCUCAUUGGGUAUUGCUGUAUCUCAGAAAUCUUUAUCAGAACGAUACUUUUUUGUGUAGUGUGAAUAAUUCGUGGACAAUUGUUUCUAUAGAAAACAGCCACAGCUGUAGCCUUCUGCAAGCGUGGAAAUGGCCUCAUCAAGAUAAAUGGAUGUCCCUUGCACCUAGUAGAACCAUCAACCCUUAGAUACAAGGUAUUUGUUAUUUUUUUGUACUGUACUUGAAGAUACAAAGUGAAUGUCCCAUGAAGACGUUUCUUUUCGACAUAACCAGUACCUUGGGAGGAAGGGAAUUUUUGUUUUUUAAAGCAUAAGAAUAUUAAGCCUUGAUCCCCAGGUUUGUCAGAACGUCUUAAUGUAGGCCGUGUAAUUCCAAAGUAGGGGACUGAUCUUGCCAUCUUUUAAUUAAGAAUCAAAGUAAAAGGCCAGCAGAGCUGCCGGUCAGAAGAUCAUGGUUUUUGCCAUCUGUGUGCUAUUUAUGUUAACCCUAGAUUCCAGUUUAUGAAAGAACCAUGUGGUUCGUUGGGAGAUUUCAUAAAACUUGGGAUGGCUUAUUUUAAUGUAAAAAUUUAAAAUUGAGAGCAAAGCCCAUUAACUGGUUGUGUUUUGUGACUUAGGUUCAAGAGCCUAUCCUUCUCCUGGGAAAGGAGCGAUUUGAGGGUGUUGAUAUCCGUGUGCGAGUUAAGGGUGGUGGUCAUGUGUCAAGGAUUUAUGGUAAGUGUUAGAAGAGCAUAGUAUUGUCUCCAACAUUUCUUAAUACAGCAACCACAGGGUGCAAAGAAAAUCAUUUGUACGGCUUGCCAUUUGGGCAAGCUGAAGCUAGCAUUUACUAGCUCAGACGUCACUUCAACUAGCCCCAAAAACAUUUUGAUUAGCAGAAUUGAUUUCACAGUUCUUCUGUCAUUUGAAUUCCUCAAAAAACAUCACUUGCCCAUUGGGCAAGUUAAAAACAGAAUUCACUAGCCCGUAGGCAAAAUCCACUAGCCCCAGGCUAUCAGACACUACUUUCUUUGCACGCUGGACCAUUCACUGCUGUCACUUGUUGAUUUAGAACAACCUACUUAAGCUUUAUGUUUUGUUUUCCCAAUGCAGGUCUCACGGUAAUUUGCACCUUUGUCUUUUCAUAAAUUGUGUGCACAUACAGGAGGCAGAGUGGCCAAGCAGUUAGAGUGCUGGACUUGCAAUUAGGGGGCCCCGAGUUCAAGUCCCACUCUGACUGCUUGCUGGAUUUGUUUUUGGUAGUCCUGAGUUCAAAUCCUCGGCCAUGCUUGUAAAUAGUCAACUGGUUUGUCUCUGGGCAGUCGAGAUUCUUAACAUGAUGAUCCUCCAUGAUGUUUGAUGUGAAUUAUUAAUUUGUUUCAGGCAUUUGCUCGGCCCCACUAGAACUAGUGCUAUAAAUACUGCCCAGAGUAAAUGACAGAGAUUUAUUUAGUUUAAUAUUUUUUUGGUAUGCACACAAAUAAGACAAAAUUCGAAAGAACAGUUCUCUGGAGUAUUAUCACAUGACUUACUUUGGGAAAACAAAGCAUACAAGCUGAAGAGGCCUAUUGCAUAUGACUUUUACAGCAAUAUGAAGAGGGAGAAUAUUAAAGAUUUUUUUUCCAAAAAUAAUUACCUUUUGGUUAUUUUAACUAAGUGUGUUGUAUAUUUUUUCUCUCUUGCUGUUUAGUUAUUGCCAAGUUGUUUUAUAUUUGUUAAGACAAAGAAAAUGUAUGCCUUAUGCUAAGUAUCUUUUUUAUAACUGAUCAAAGUAGGUUAAGCUCAAUUUUAUCCGUGGUUCAAAUAUUAUUUUCCACUGUGUCAAACUCAUUAUUAAACUCAUCAACAUAGAUGAGUGUGGGGGGGGGGAGGGAGGUGCACGAUUUAAGUUGGCAGAGCCAAGGGCUGUAGCCGAGAGCACUAACCACGCAGGCACUGUCACACUGCUAACCAGUGGAACCUACAAUACUUAUCAUAUACUUACCAAAGGGAGGGUAGGGAAGGGAGAAAACAGGCUAACAAGCAUGAACAAUGAGAAGCAACCUGAACAUAAUGGGCUAACCUCAGCUGCAAAGCUGUGAAAGCAAAGGCCCCUGCGAAGCUAUUAGGGCACCGUCAAAAAUGUGAGAGACUGCUGGCCAGCAUUGUCUCGAGUUUGACUCAGCCUGAAUUUCAUUUAGCGACAUUAAAUUAUUGUAAUGUAUGUUGCUCCACCCAGAAACAAAGGACAUUAAUUUUAAACUAUGAGUAACAUUGUGUGGCAAAGUAAAGUUAACUAAUUACUUUUUUUUUUCUUUAGCAAUCCGUCAAGCCAUAGCCAAGUCUUUGGUAGCUUACUAUCAAAAAUGUGAGUACCCUGCCACUUAUACAGUGUAAGCCUCCAGUUAUAGGCCUUUUUACCUCUAAACAAAAAUGUACAUCCACUGAUCAGCUCCUCUCCAAAUGUAUUGAAAUGAAUUUGAUUUAUUAUGACAUUUUGAAGCUUAAUUAAACACCAGCAAAUGCUAAAGCUAUUUUUGAUCAGCACUACUGUAGCUUUUUUCAAAGUGCUUUUUCUAUUGCAGUUUUAAGCCCCCUUGGAUAUAAGCUCCUCUAAUUAUGAUAAGCCUGCCUAAAGCCCCUUCCAAAGAUCUAUAAACCCAGGGUGUAUAAGCAGCAGCUUACUGAUCCUUCAGAAGGCAGGCUGGACCAGUUAACUAUUGUUUCAGCUACCAUUCCUCUUUAUACAAAGUAAACUGUGUGUGUCCCUUGACUCUGCAGGAAGGGAAUGUCUUUUCAUAAGCUAUUGAAGUAUCGAGGAAAACUGGGAAUAACUACACAUUUUUCAAAACAAAAAUUAUCAACAGACUUGUGCUCAAAAUUGAGCUGUCAGAGGCUGCUUUCAUUUCACCUUGGGGGCAGAGCCACCUUUUAACAAUUCAUGGUUUGUUGGAUUUUGUAGUUGUGGAUGAGGUUUCCAAAAGAGAGAUCCGUGACAUCCUUGUCCAGUACGACCGUUCCCUGCUUGUGGCUGACCCACGCCGUUGCGAGGCCAAGAAAUUUGGUGGACCUGGUGCCCGAUCUCGCUACCAGAAGUCUUACCGUUAA